UGUUCGCCCCAGUGCUGCACGGCGGAACCCGCCACCCCGCGAUAUCGGGCUGGAGGAGCGGCGCGGGAGGGACGUAGAGCCUCGCAAAUCUGGACGCGCGCUGAAAUAACACCGCAACCAUAAUGGGGGGGUGGCUGUGCCUCGCGGGCGGACUGCGCGGACCUGUCCGGCCGCGCGCCGUGCAGCGAUUGGAGCGCGACGCCUGAGCGCAGCGGCGGCAUCUGACGGGGGGAAUAAGCGGCCACACUGCGCCUGCCUUGCUGCCGACGCUGAUUUUGUUGUUGUUGUUGUUGCUGUUGUUAUUGUUGAGGUGCUGGUGGUGGUCGUGGACGUGGUGGCGCGGAUGCUGUUGCCGCUCUUCGCGCGCCGUUGAUGUGUGUGAAAGCCCAUCAUCCUCCAUGGCCGCUGUCCGCGUUCUCCUCGCGGCUCCCCGGCAGCGCGCAGCUCUCGCGCACAAAGCAGGCACUUCGCGGGUUUGCUGAAGAGCGACUGGGAAAAAAAGGGGAGGAAAAAAAAAAAAAGCACGAAGUGCAUCAGCAGAAAGAGAUGCGAUCCUAGGAGGAGGCAGCGCGCGCUCGACACCUACAAGCAGGUUCACCGUGUGACAGCGGACCGACCGGAUGCCUGAGAGCGCUUUCCGGGGACGGCCUUGACCAUGACCCGGCUGAUGUUGGGCAGGACCCUGGAGCGCAUCUGCAAGGCUGUCCUGCUGCUGUGCCUGGUGCACUUCCUCAUCAUGAUGAUCCUCUACUUCGACGUGUACAGCCAGCGAUUCGACAUCUUCAGCCGCUUCAACAACGGCCGGAACUCGUCGUCCUCCCGCACCCACCCCUUGUACAACCUCUCGCGGCCCAACGCCACCUUCGCCGGCUACCUGUCCACCGCGGACCACGUCGCCAGCGCUCGCCCUGAAGCGAACAUCACACCCACCGCCAAGCCUGUACCGCCGUGCCCCGAGGUGCCGCCCGGCCUUGUUGGCCGCCUGCUCAUCGAGUUCAGCUCGGUGAUGACGCUGGAGCGCGUGCAGAAGGAGAAUCCCAACGUGACAGAAGGGGGGCGCUACUCGCCGCCUGACUGCCGGGCGAAGCAGAAGGUGGCCAUUAUCAUCCCCUUUAGGCACCGGGACAACCACCUCAAAUACUGGCUCCACUACCUCCACCCCAUCCUUCGGCGGCAGAAGAUCGAUUACGGCAUCUACAUCAUCAACCAGCUGGGUGAGGACACCUUCAACCGGGCCAAACUGCUGAACAUCGGCUACGUGGAAGCGCUGAAGGAGGCCGAUUACGACUGCUUCAUCUUCAGUGACGUUGACCUCAUCCCCAUGGACGAUCGCAACCUGUACCACUGCUACGACCAGCCCCGUCACUUUGCCAUCGCCAUGGACAAGUUCGGCUUUAGACUCCCCUACGCUGGAUACUUUGGAGGAGUCUCCGGUCUGAGCAAAAAACAGUUCCUGAAAAUCAACGGCUUCCCCAAUGAGUACUGGGGCUGGGGAGGGGAGGACGACGAUAUCUAUAACAGAAUCACGCUGAACGGGAUGAAGGUGUCCCGGCCGGACGUCCGCAUCGGACGCUAUCGCAUGAUCAAGCACGAGAGAGACAAGCACAAUGAGCCCAAUCCCCAGAGGUUUAACAAAAUCCAGAACACCAAGAACACAAUGAAGAGGGAUGGAAUCAGCUCCCUGACGUACCGGGUGGUGGAAGUGAAGAAGUACCCCCUGUACACCAACAUCUCGGUGGAGAUCGGCAAGCCUCCUCCUCGGCCACUGAAGGGUUAGGGCAGUAGGGGCCUUGGUCCAGGGGCGUUGGGGUGCCAGUUAUCGUGCCCGCCUGUGCCGCAGCUCCUGGGCGCCUUGCCUUCCCCGCGACCUUCCCAUUGCCCUCCCAAGCACCUGGUCUCCAGACUUGCUCCACAGCUCACUUCCUCAGUGCUGGGCCCACUUGAGAUUGCAAGGACACACAUCCACUGGGCCUGGUUCUGGAUGGGUCCAGGCCUCUGCUAGGAAUUAGACAUUCUGUUGGUAGCAAAUCCUGACACUGUGACAGUUCCUUGACCAGUGCUGAGAAUUUUGUAUGUCAGUAUGCACAAGGUAACUCAUAGACAUCCUCAGUGACUGGAAAAAUAGAGCAAUUUGCUCCUUACCCCGCUGUCUUUUUCUGGCUUUGGGAUCAAAUGGAUGAAAGAGCUUAAACUGGAUCCUUCAAACUCGCUGACGUUAUCAAAUGAGUCAAAUGUAUCACAGCAGCUGGAGCUGAAUAUCAGAAUUAUAUUAAAGAACCUGCUCAUUCUCACGUGCUAUUACAAGCUGACAAUGAAAACUCAUAUUGAAAAUUGAAUGUGUGUUUUACCUGCAGAAAUCUUUUGCAGAGCUCCUCUCCGUUUUUGUACCUCUCAAUCUCUUGGCACUCCAACUGAGCCGCAUCAGUCGGCUCCUGUCUUCUCUUUCUGCUCGGACUUGAACCAAAACCCUGUGGGACAAGGAGUUCUGCCGACUGGGGGACUGAAGGUUGUGGGAUCUGUGAUGGACCGUGGGGCUGAAACGGUCAACCGUUUGGCGAAACGAGGGGGCGCCGAGCUUCACGAAAGCAGCCUUCCUUGCUAGGUGACCGCCGAAGCUCCUGGAUCAUGUUGGACUCUCUCUUCCCAGAGCCCAAGGCCAUAUCAAGCACCUCUUCUUGUUGGUCAGUCUCAGAAGACCUCAGAAUAGUGGGUCAGGUGCUGCUGAAUGGAAACCGUUGCUGUGUGACCACUGUUCUCUAUAGCCAGUAGCAGAUUGAGUUCAUCGCUCGCUUUAAACAAGACUAUCUCCACCAUAUUGUUAUUUUUUUUUUUUUUUGGAGUACCCUACACUCCCUUGACCAACAAGAACUGCGAUGACACGAGCUUCUAUAAUCUCUUGGUGGGAAUGGGAAAUGCUUGGUCUGGUGUGGGCCUCGUUGAAGAUUUAAUCUCUCCUAGAGCAGGUUCCCUACUGAAGUGUUUAAGAUGCUUGUGGGUUCACUGUUGAAUCUGAUGUUCUUGUGAGAGAACCAGCAUCAGGUGUGUCGUUCCAACUACAAUCUGGAGUCUAGAUUCGAUCGUGCUCAUCUGAAACAAAUGUUGGCUCCCUAGAAGAGGGUGGUAGUGUUUCCCCAUUUCCACCAACGGCUUAUGUAAGCUUCUCAGUCUUAAAGCCUUUUUUCACCUUUUUCUUUUUUUUGUACUGCCUAAACACCAAACUGAUGCCUUCAGAAUUUUUAUGAGGGACAAACAAGAUUAGGAUUGUUGCAUUCUGGGAAAUUUUUUAAACAACGUUCCUGUCUUGUGAAGUGAUGUGGAGAUCUUUUCUCUUUUGUACUAUCUAUCAAUGGUUCUCUUGGCUUGGCUCUGAACAGUUUGAGUAAUGACAGCCCCCUCCUUCCCCACCCCCUCUUUUGUUUACUUAAAAAAAAGAAAGCCUUGGGGGGGGAUACGCUUACAUUUCACUUGUCCACUAUUUUGCCAAACACGGCCUUUUCUUUCACUUCCUUUUUGUCUUUUAGAUUUUAUAUCAUUAUUACUUCUUUGCACCUUUCGCCUGCCGUCGUCUCGCGUUCGGUUGAGUCCGAGGCGCUCUGCAUUCUUCAUAUUACGCGAUGAGGAACACGCGAGUCAUUCCUCCAGCCUCUAGAGUGCGCUCCGGUAGUUCCCGGGCGACUCGUUUAUUUGAUUUGUUUGUGCUGCAGUGGGCAUUUAGCAGGGCUUCCAUCGCCGGUUUGUGCACUGCUCGAUUAACGUUUGCAUUCGAAAAUGAAUGAAAUGUGAGCAUCAGAAAUGCAAAUGGCGCAAAGCAAGGAGGCGGGAGAGCCGCGUAGCCUUGCGAUUUAGUGCGUUUGCGUGUGGACGGUAGGGUGUCUCACUGGGUAGCGUUGCUCCCUCGCAGCCCUGUGGUCGCGUGAUUGAAUAGGUUCCUGUGGGGCCUCAGGUUUCUCCUGCAUAUCCCAAGCGAUGCCUGUCAGCUGAAAUGCGAGCAGCAGGUGGCGUAGCGGUUAGAGCCGUCUCCUUCUAAUCAAAAGAGGCCACUUUGAAUCUCACCGUGUGCUGUAGUGCCUACAGUAAACUGUUAGAGUAAAUAUUACCCAGCUGUAUAAAUGGGUCGGUCGCUGAGUGCAGCUUAGCGCACAGUCAUAACGUUGUAACCUAGACUGCUGCAGCCCUGUAGGCUAGAUGGUUAAUGGAGAUGGAUGGGCGUGUGAGCACCACAGGAAUAAUUGGAUAAGGGCUGCUUGGUUAUGGAUGGACAUCUGCGUUUGCUUAAUUGAGGUUAUGUUCUUCGGGCUUUUCCGAAUGUAGCUUUCGGCGGUGGAGCUCUUACGUAUUUUAAAUAAGCGGCACGAGCCCAAAUUCCGGUGGGUUAACGCGGCCGCACGAGCGGACCGGGCAGCGGUCAUGUUACAGCGGAACGUCCGAGCUGCUCUUUUGUAAAUCAAUCAGUUCUCUGUAGCUGCUCUCGGACUGCAGCUACGUCCUGUUCUACGUUUUUCGCUUUCCUUUGAUCGAAAAUGGCGUCUUUUUUUAUUGAGACUUAACGUCUGAAACGAUUCAAAGGUUUUUAACUGAGCAGCUGUUUUAAAUGAAGUGACUAAUUUGCCAGAAUAAGUGUAAUGGGUUGAGCAUAUUGGCUCAUAAUUGUCUGUUAGAGGGAAACGGAAUAGAUGUUUGUGUACAGGUGUCGUUGCUGGCGACCUGGUGACCAGAGGAUUUGUCGCUAGUGCUUUGAAUUAUGCUUUGGAUUAUUGCAUAUGCUGUCUGGAAUUGUCACACACACACACGUGUGUUGGUGUGGCUUCUACACAAGCUUCUGCUCUCCGGGGUCAGGACAGCGGAUGCUCACCUGCAGUCGUCUUCUCCGUCGUAAUUAAAACGACCAAACAGUAGCUUCGCACCAGACGAUACUUGCGCACAGCAGUCAGUCUCUCUUACACACACGUGCGCUCAUUCCCAUUUACAGCAAUGGCCCCUUUCUGUGUUUUUCUGCACCAGAAAAGGCCCAAGUCAUAUAUUUGCACCUCCCACAAUUCCUAUAUUAUAAGCGUCAUCCUUUGAGACAGUUGUGUUUUUCGAACCGGUUACAGCAGUAGGACAAAGUGUGAGCGGAUGCAGUAAUGCAGCGCUUUCUUUGAUCUCCAGUGGCGCUCUGUGCGAAAUACACCUCGUGCAACUUCGUAACCGUAGCAAAUGCGUCACGUUCCGGAUAGGGCUGCCCCACCGUGUCUUUUCAAGUUUUUGCCCUCGGAGAAGGAAACCGAGUCUGUGCACGAAAACGGCUCCUCUUGGCAGUCCUCACCUGCACCUGCAUGUUGUUUUGGGCAAAUGAUGAACGUGCAGUUUUUUUAAACACUUCAGAGGUCUGCAGUGGCGCCUUCAAAGUGCUGGUUCAUCUUCGUUUCUGUGUUUUAGUGUCUUUCUAAGGUGCGCCGUGUCACAUCUGCAAGCACUUGUCUCUAACUACACCUCCAUGUGCCGGGUUUUAAUGACGACUGGUUCCUUCUCCUUCCACACACCUCUGUCACUCUAUACCUGAUGUCUCAUUUGCAAACUUCAAACCUAGUCAGGCUGGAGGGGUGUAAAAAAAAAAUGCCUUUCAUUAAAAUUAAAAGGUUUACAUGACUUUCUCACAAUAUUUCAUUUGGUUACAGAGCUCCUGGAUCGUUGGCAGUUGACGGGAAUAUUCUGUUUAUCACCGACUUUUGUAGAUCUUAUGGCUUUUACUGACUGCUCUUCUCUCAAGGCUCAUUUCUGCUAAAGUUCACAUUGGCUGCAAUAUUGAUUUUUUUUUUUUUCCCCCCUCCCUGGGCUCAGAUUUUACAACAAAAUCGCACAAGAAGCCUCAGCUGUGUCCUUUCUAAUGCAUUGCCAAGAACAACAUGCACCGAUGACUUUUAUUUAGGUUCAUUAAUGUUUUAUAUAUGGAGAAGUAAAAGCUCUUUUCGCAGACUCUGCACUUUGCAGCAGACAUUCACAGUGCUCUCAGUCAUAGCCAUAAUAAGGGUUGGCGGUACCCCCUGUCCCCCCCCCCACCCCCGUACUGUUUAGGCACGCCAAAUGUCACCCACCAACAUUUGCAUAUAUUUUCACGGAGUGCUACUGCUGCUCCCGAUGAGUUUUCCGCUCACUUUGGGACACUUAACCGGGUGACACCAUACAAUGUGCGAUGUGCAGGUCUCUGGUCUUUUUAUGAGUAUCAUCUUGAGACUUUUUGGCUUUGUCUGAUCAGCGACGGUCAAAAACCUGCCCAUCGCAAGUUCUAAAUUCUCACCUUUCGACAAAAUCUGUACAUAUCUACAGUAAUUAUACUUUAAUAUGACCAUGUGCACCACUUACUGAGGUCUCAGCAUUCUGUCUGUAUUGGUCAUUUAACAGAACCUGACACGUGCGUGUAAGCAGAUGGUUUUCACAUUCCCGGGCUAUUUCGGAGUUAAUGAAUAGAUAAUGGGUCUUUGGCAGCCCUUCAGCGAAGCCCCGUCUCCCGCAAAGUCAGGCCGCAUUCGUGUCCAGUUUACCGCCUCCCUAACCCUUGCUUCUGAUGUCAUGUUACAUUUUGCUUGCUCAUUUGCUGAGUGGACUCAUUAAUAUUCAGCUCCUGUUCACCUUACCCUUGUUCCGAGAUUAGUUUGUUUGCGAAGAUGAAUUCGUUAAUACAUUUAAUUGUGAUGGUACACCAACGUCCUGGCCUGAGUGUGAACCUGCACAUUUGAAGCUGCAAAAAUAUGUAUUAAACGGUCUUGAGCUGUAAAUACGGGGUUGAGGAGAUCUUCACUAGGGAGGCGUUGUGUCGUCAUCAACAGAUAGUCUAUAAAGGAUUGAGACGUGGACAGAAACGCGUGCCGCUGUCUCCUGAUCUCCUGUUGUAGGCAAGCAGAGCAUCCUCGUGAGGUAUUACCAUAGCCCCUUCCCUCCUUUCCUUCCCGUAGCUGUUGUACGAGAUGUGGCGCGUACCUCCUGGUCCAAAAUGGCAAACCCACACGUUCCAAAAGUGCACAUCUACUGACAGCAUCCAGCCCCCCGAGCCAGAGUGCAUUUUUAAAGAUUUUCUCUAUCUAGAUUUUGUACAUUGAAUGUCAAAAAUGUAUUAUCUUAUACAGAAUGCAUAAUGUCAUAUCAAACCUACUUUUUGUAUACAAUCAAUAAAUCAA